UGAGAAGUCAGCGCGUAUAAUCCAAUAUCGAAGAAAGUUUUUCGACAAAAGAAUCCAAAAUUGGCACGUAACAUUGAACACGUUCGAAGGUUAAUCAAAAAAUAAAGGAGUUUAGUGAGAAAAGAUAAAAUAAGUCACAAUAUCAAGGGGAAGGCGACAUAAAAUUGUAUCGUUGGAAGACGACGAGAAUCAUUGGGAAACACAACAAGAAAGAAAAAAAAAACGAAACAGAGAAUGCGAGCUCGAGCUUGAUUCGCGUAGUCGAACGACGUUUAGACCGUGGGCAGCCAUCUUGCAAUCCCUAAUCAAAGAUCUUGUGGCUAGCGGGUUUCGUUGUCCCUGGGUUCUUCGGCCAGUUAUAAUAUCAACACACAGUUCUUCAUAAAAAAAAAUGGCUUUAAAACGAAUUAACAAGGAACUUCAGGACCUUGGAAGAGAUCCACCUGCACAAUGCUCCGCUGGACCUGUAGGAGACGAUUUAUUCCACUGGCAGGCCACUAUUAUGGGACCACCUGACAGUCCGUAUCAAGGAGGGGUAUUUUUCCUCACAAUUCACUUCCCCACAGACUAUCCUUUCAAACCUCCCAAGGUUGCUUUCACAACCAGAAUUUAUCACCCUAACAUAAACAGUAAUGGAAGUAUCUGCUUGGAUAUAUUGAGAUCGCAAUGGUCUCCUGCACUUACUAUUUCAAAGGUGUUACUCUCAAUAUGCUCUCUAUUGUGUGAUCCAAAUCCCGACGAUCCGCUCGUACCGGAAAUAGCAAGGAUAUACAAAACCGACAGGGAGAAAUACAACGAAUUGGCGCGCGAAUGGUCGCGCAAAUAUGCCAUGUGAUGAGCCAAUAUUCGCUUACAUCAAACAUCCGAAAGCCACCGACGAGAGAAGCCCCCUCCCCCAGCCUAAACAAGCCACUUAUCGUUCAGCACUGAUUUAUUUCCAAACGUUGAUCUAAAAGAAAAAAAAAAGAAAAAACACAAACAUCUCAAAACUAGCUCUGGCUAAGUCUGUUAUUUGUAAGCCAAAAAAAAAGAACAAACCAACAAAAUAUGCCGCGCAAUUCAGGCUCUUCUCAACUCUCCCCGGCCACAGCAGUGCGUUCUCCAGGCAAGCAGUGAACAAUUAUUAUUUUUUUUUCCUUCACACGAAUUUCCUCCGUCCUAGGUAGCCUGCGAGGUUGUUUUAUUCUAUUUUUUCCUUCUCAAUCCAGCCGCGCGCGUCGGUUACCGAGGCAAUUGUAACGGUGGUCGAAACAAUUAUAUAUCCGAAAACAAGAAAAGAAAAAAAGGCAAAAAAAAAUAACAUAUUUAACGAAAAAGAAGUCAUUGUCAGCUUUUGAUUUUUCAUGAAUAAAAAGAAAACAAUAAAAAAGAUACGAAAGAGAAGAUUAAACGUGAGCGUGGAUAAAUUCUUACACGUAUUUACACGUACACGAAAACAUACAGACACACACACACACACAGACACAGACACAGACACAGACAUGUACACACAGGAUCAAAAUGAAAAAGCGAACAAAAAAAAGAAAAUCAUAGGAAAGUGGGAAGUAGGAUUUGUAUUUGAACUCGAUAGUUUAAUUUUUAAUAAUUGUGCUUAUAAUACUGUAAUAUCGUAUACCUACUUUCUCAGUGAAGAACGUGCGGAAAAAGAAUACGAAAACGAAAACAAAUGAUGGAAAAGCUGAAUAAAAGAAAAAAACAGACGGUUCCCUCGUAACUGACAGCACACCGAAUGUUAGUUGAAAACGAAUGAAAAUGCAAUUGAGCGAUUUUUGCCCGUCCGUUGAAACAUUGCGGUAACUUUUUUGUAAGACUGGGCUCUAUAUAAAUGACUAUUGAAACUGUAAUCGUCAAGUUUUGUUUGAUUAAUUAAACGAAAAGAAAUGAGAAAGUAAAAUCUGUACCUCGCGUUUUCGUGUCACGGGCUCUCAAAGUGGUUUUAAUUUUUCCCCUCUUCCUCCAUCUCGUUAUUAUUUUCGAGUAAAUUUGUCAAAUUUCGUGCAUUAAUCUUCGGUGGCCUGGAGUUUCACGGCUCGGGAAGGGGAGGGAUUUCACUUUUCGGUCUGAAUUUUCGUUUUACGUAUUUCUCCAUCCCCUCGUGUCACUUCGAUUGACACUGGCUUGAAUCAAAUUACCAUCGUUUCUUGUAUUUUUUUACUUCGCCCAAGACCGUUCAUCGUUCUUCAGCCUUUUAGUCUGCAAUUAUUCUCAAGCUGCGGUAUCAAUGACAGUUCUAUUCCUCACGAAUCAGCAAUGUUUACACGUUUUUUUUUUUUUGUUCUUUUACUCCAUUCUCUCGUUUCGAAUGACAGUAUUUCCCUUACUUUUUACCCUUGACGUUUCACCCGAACGAACGUAAUUGCUCGUCAAUUCACGAUAAUAAUUAUAUGCAUUACGUAUAAUUAUUAUUGACUAAUAUUAUAAAACUAUUGUGGGUACGAAGGAUCAUGAACGAGCUCAAUCCUCGCGCCUCUCGCCUCGGAGAAAAGUGUGCGUACACGUGUUUGUCGUUAAAACAGUAAAGUCAAGAAAAAGAAAAGAAAAGAAAAGAAACAUAGCAAGAUAAAAAGAAAGAUAUUGUUAAGCGUUUUUAAAUUGAAAGAAAAAAUCAAUCUUCUCACACGCCGAAGCUGCUAAACGUCUCUCCGGGAGGGAGCAGAACGACGGUUUUUUUAAGGGUCGAAUCUCGAACGGUCGAAAAUACAAAACAGCGGUUUUUCUAGCGAACGAGUGCGUUUACGAUAUUUCAAAUAUUUGCCACACGGGAGGAGAGCAACUUUUCGAUCGUUGAGAAUUCUUAUCACAGGCGUCCGCGUUGCGAAGUGAUCUCAGCGUGUGCUGUAAGUGAAAAUUUGAAAUUGUACGAAAACGUCGUGUUGAAUUUGUUCAAAACUUUUUAGUCGAUAUUUUGCAUGAAUUUAUUAGGAUCGCAUGAAAUUAUUGUGGAAAGGAACUCGUGGUUUAUUUUCCUAAUGGGGAAAAGCAAUGAUAAAUUAUGAAAAAAAUGUAAGAAAUUGAUCGGCAUCCGCGGCACGCUUCGGUAUUUAAAAAUAAUGAAAAUAAUGGAAAAAAACGCAUUCAAUCGAUCAUCGUUUAAAAUUUCAAUGCUGAAAAAUCGAGUAACGAAGAAAAAAACUCAUCAGAAAAAACGUAUCAAAUUGACUCAUGUGUAAUCGUUGUUUUUUUUUUCUAGCGACGCAGUGACGAACAUUUUCAAUAAUCUGUCAUGCAAUGUGUACAUUUUAGCGAUUAGCCCUUUAUAUAAUAAAAAUCCACGUAACGACGAACCGUUAAUAAUGGAGGUAAAUAAGGGACAAAAAGGAUAAAAAGUAAAUAAUAACAAACGAAUAAGAAAAAUCAAUGAACUCGUCGACCGUUUGUGUUAUUCGAAAUGGUCGAUCCACCGGAAAGACUGUUGUAUAUUAUUUGCAAACGCAACGCGCCCCACGCUUCAACGCGUGUUGUGUAACUGUAAUAGACUUUGUAUGAUAAAGUUUCCUCUAGCUCGGA